AUGACUGAUUACAUGUCAGCCGAAAGGCCACACAAAAGAGCCUAUCACGGUUCCCCGUCCAGUUACUUUGACGAUGAACAAUACUUUGAGUUUAAUAAAGCCGCAGCAGAUUUCUCUUACUUGGUUAAUACUGCCAAUACCAAUAGCGGUAAUACUAACAUAUCUGCUGCCAAUUCCUCGUCUAUUAUGCCUGUUCUCCAGCAAUCUGGUUCAUUAAGCGGUGGCAACAAGGAGGGCACCGCUCGGGAACUUUCGAGUUCUGGAAACUCGCUCAACCAUUUCUCUAAUCGUCCAGAGGCUCUCGAUGAUGGUAAAAUUGCAAUCAAUAAGGGCACUGAUGCAAGCACAGACGUCGUCCCAAACACAAACGAUAGCUGCAAGGCUGAGCCAAGCAACCACAAGGAGAUCGCCGAUAUAAACGGCAACAAAAUUGGCAAGUCCAACUCUUCCAAAUCUCCCCAACUUUCACAACUGUCGAAUAACAACAACAAUAAGACCUUCAAAACAAACACCUCUCCAAAUAGUAAAGUUCGCGAAGCAUUAGCUGAAAAAGUAAACAUGUCUGAACGUUCUAUUCAAAUCUGGUUCCAAAAUCGUCGCGCAAAGAUGAAGGCGAUGCAAAAACGAGUGCACAUGCUUCAUGAAGAAACAAUGAAAGCUCAAUUAUUUGCAUGCAUGCCAGGAUAUGGUGGACACAGUUUAUACCCUUUCCGUAUGUCCGCAAUCCCUCGUUCUUAUAGCUCUAGCGAUAUCUCAGCAGGUUUAAAUAGCGUGACAGCGGGUAUUAAUCCGGGUAUGCGCGCUUCACAUCCAGCAGCCGGAUUGGGAAUUUCGAUGCCUCAAGGUCAUCAAGGUUUCUGGAGUUCAGGACCGAUGACUGCACCAAUUCCGCAAUUAAAUUCUGAUCAUAGUAUCAUGAAUGGAUUCCCUUUUACGACUAAUCCACAACCACGAUUCCCAAAUUCACCUAAUGCUAGUCCAAAUUCAAAUCAUGGAAUGACUUCAGCGCAAACUUUGCGACUUGUCGUUUCCCCCAAUAAUCCCACCGGUGGGAUCCCAAUGAAAAUUAAUGAUAUCUCAAACACUCAACCUCAACAGUUCACACCACCUCAAGAAUUUCUUAGUCCGUCAUUCAGUAACGGCACAAACGAUUCACCGCAUUUUUUAGCAUCUGAAACAUUAACAAUCGGUACUUGGCGACGAAUCUCCACAACCCCAACUGAUCUCUUGUGUUAUUAUACACUUCAGCAAAAGUUAUUCACUUAUCACAUCACAAACAAUAAUCGACAUUUCAAGAUGGAAUUUCCACUCUCGGAAAUCACUGCAGUUGAAUUCCGACCAAUUGAUAAUGUGUCUGGUCAAAUUGUUAUCGAAGUAAGAGAUCCGCCAAACUUCUUUAUGGAAGGAGCACACGGACAAUGGACAAUGUGCACCGAUUUCACAGAGGAUAGGCAAGCCACACGUCAUAUGAGACAUGUCAUGAAAGGUCGUUCGGAAGUAUUGAAGAAGCAAGUUUUCAAAUUUACACAAGAUGAUGCUCAAAUUGCAAAGGUUACUACGAUUCACGAUGAAGUCAAGCAUGAAAUCGACAUGAACUUGUACUGCGGUGAUGAUUCCAAUGGCGAGCAACAACAACAACAUACUCUUCCUCGUCGCUCAUCUUUUCCAAGCGGUUCGAUCGCUGAAAAUUUGAGAUUCGAGGAUGGAUCUCAGUCUGACAAAGAAGUUGAUAUCAGAAAUGCCGAGAUACUAAAACAGCAUACACGUGUUCGUCGUGCAGCUUCGGUCCCGUUAUCACCUUCAGAUGAUUCAACUGAUCAUUCUUCAGCCUUGGCCACUGCAACAUCCGCCAUGGCACAGAAUGCAGCCUUACAAAUAAAUACAUCAGUUGCUUUGCUUGACAUAUUCAAAGCUGGACACAUCAGCUCACCUGAAUUCUGCUCGUCGCCGAUGGAUAUUAAUUCAGCUUCACCAGCCACACCAUCUGACGUUUAUAACCAAUCACCGGAACUUAUUAAUACAUCACCACUUUUGGCUCAAGAUCCUUUUGUCACCUUGCCAGAAAAUCAUCUCACAAACAUGUCAAUCGAUACAACUUCAUUAUAUUCUGAUGACCUCACUGUUGCUUUGAACGCCAAUGGUCUACCGAAUGUUACCAAUGAAGAUUUCGCCAGCAUUUUUGCUGGUAGUCAUUCUUCUGAGGGUAGCGAUUUCUUGACCUUUGGAGACACACUCGGUAAUGACAAUCUUUCGAGCUCGAAUCAUGGUCUCGGCUUGGAUGAUUCCUGGGUUAACGGAGAUGUUGCGUAUUGUUAA